UCACGUGCAGAGGCGGAGACUCCAUGUCGGAUUCACCACCGGAGGACCGUCCCGUCCUCACUCGUCGGACCCGCUCUGUGCGCUCACAAAACUACCUUCACCUCGAUACCAGCUGAACAUCUUUUUCUCCUUGUCUACGCCUCGUUUACAAUGUGAAGAAAAUGGCCGGGACAAGCUCUGAUUGGGUGGAGAUCUUGGAGCCACGCUCCCGUGAGCACAUGUACGUGAACUUGACCACUGGAGAGUGCGGCUGGGAUCCCCCCUCAGGCGUUCCUGUCCGCCAGUCAGACGGCAACCAGUGGUGGGAGCUGUUCGACCCCCACAGCGGCCGCUUCUACUACUACAACUCUACUGGGCGCCGCACAGUCUGGCAUCGACCCCAGGGAGCCGAUAUUGUGCCCCUGUCCCAACUCCAGGCCAUGAGGCGAUGCAGCGAGGCCAAGCGUGCUGGAGGGGGCGUGGACAGGCACCACCAUGGGACCACGGGGAGUAUCAGCAGUGUAGGCAGCCAGGGGCGCUGCACACCUCUGCCGGAGCAGGAUGGAGACAGCCCUGUCCCCAGAACUUCGGAGACCAAUGAGGAGACUGCCGAACGCGAGCUGGACCCGGCAGUGGACAGCCGAUUGCAGGGAGACGGAAGCAGCGCCGAAAGCAGCACAGACGGAAGUAAAGACUCACAGAGGGAUGCUUCUCAAAGAUGGCAACCGACACCUGGUUCUAAGGCAGCCAUGUUGGUGAAGGUGAACAGCAUGAGCCGUAGCCAGCCUAUCCCAACAAUGCAGCAGCAGCAGCAGCAGCAGCACCUUCAGCACAGUGCACAUGGCAAAGCCAACACCUUCACCCUGCACCCUUCUAACAACAAGACCCAAGGAGGAAACUUGAGCUCUAACCAGGGAUAUAAAACUGCCCCUUCUGGCAAAAUGGCAGCUGACCCACGUCAGGCCCAUCACCUGAGAAAAGCCAGCAAUGGCAGCUUCUGUUUGGUGACAUCAGAUAGCAGCCAUCCCAGUCCGCUCCUCCACAGGUCACAGACCAGCACACCAUGCCCCGUCUCUCCCCCGUAUGGUUGCACUCCUCCAAUCUAUGAUGAGCCAGUUACAGAAUGUCCCAUAUAUGAUGAACCCCCAACAGACAUGGAGGUAGAGGGGGCGCACCUGUACAAUGGACAACAUCUGUCUCGUCUGACACCGACCCAUAGCCUCCAAAAACCCAGGCACCUCCAGCACCCUGGUCCAUCUCAUCCAGGGUCCAGACACAGGAGGAACCCCUCUUCCUCUGACUACAGCCCAGCUGGACUGGAGUGCAUCAAGCACAUGAUCAACGUGGACCCCAAACAGGGGCACCUAUCUGGCUCUCCUGUACCCACACGUACCCCAUCCCCUACCUCUAGGCCGGAUCCUGUCUUGACCCAGCCUCAGCCACAUCCCCAGCCCCAGGCCCAUUCUCUGCCCCAGGCCCAUUCUCUGCCCCAGACCCAUUCUCUGCCCCAGGCUCGAGGCCAGUUGAGGGACAGAGAGCCAGGGACCCCAGGCCCAAGUACACUGGACAAGAAGCAAACCUGGCGGGUCCUUGAGGCCACUGUCCAGCGCGCCAUGGAGGCACGACACAGCAGGCAGAGCAGCCAGGCAUCACAGGACUUCCCCUCCUCAACCCCCCAGGCCACAGCAAACUAUCAAGACUCUGGUUACUCCACCGGCCCCUCCCCAAGUCUGAGAAGAAAGAGCAGGAGGAGGGUGGGAGCCGGUGGCGGUGCAGGAGGCAGGCCGGGGUCAGUAGGAAGCAGCGGGGAGCUGUGUGCCCUCAAUGAGAGGCUCAUGGCCGAGAUGAGGGAGGUAGUGAGUCGCUCCAACACCAUGAGGGAGGUGAGAGCGGGGCUGGACCCGGAGAUGGGAGAGAGGGUUGUUGUACCUCGGACGCGCUCCCCUGCAGACUCACUCAGGUGGUAUGGAGGAGGGGGAGGAGGGUCAGCAAGCAGUUGCACAUCACGAGAGGAACUCACCGGGGCUGCCAGGUCACUGAGUAGGGCAGGCAAUCAUGGCAACCCUGCACUGACCCCUCUGGAGAUACCAGGGAGGCAGAAAAGAACCUAUGAAAAGGUGGACACCUUGGAGAUGAGUGUGAAUAGCCAAGCCGGCCUGUCUUCACCAGAGACCCCAGGACCACCCUCCCAGGCGGGCACCCUAGAGCUGCAGGCUCAGUUGGAGAGCAGGAAGAAAGGCAUGGUCGACGGGCGGACUGCUUCCCUGGGCCCCCACCGCGCCACCAACCAUGACAACAGAGAGGGAGGUGAUGGGGCAGGAGGAAGAGCACGGGGAUCCUCAUACCAGCUCUGCUACGCCACCCUGCGGCAGCCCCCACCACCCGACAUGGGCAUGGAGGACUGGGCCAGCAAGCACCUCAACAUGCACACGCAAGGCCUGUUCCGUCGUCGCGUCUCCAUUGCCAACAUGCUGUCGUGGAACCGCGGAUCCAUCAAAAAGCCCAUGCUAGUUACCAGCAACCGUGCGGUCAGGAAGGAGGCCUGUGAGAUGUUCAAACUGGUGCAGGCCUACAUGGGAGACAGGCCUUCGCGUCUGGACCGCCGUCACUGCGCGCUCCUCAUCAUCACCAAGUGCUGGGACAUGCCGGGGCUGCGGGACGAGCUGUACGUGCAGCUGGUGAGGCAGACCACGGGCAACGCCGAUCCCAGAAGUUUGGCGGCGGGCUGGGAGCUGAUGGCCGUCAGCUUGGCGUUCUUCGCCCCCUCACCCAAGUUCCGCUGCUAUCUGGAGGGCUACAUCCAGAGACAUACGGAGCCAACCAGCGACAAGAAAUGUGAGUCUCAGACAGAGCAGCAGGUGACUCAGUUCAUAUUGGAACAACAGGAGCUGAAGCUCAAGAAGAAUUCAAAGUCCAGAAAGAAGCGGAAACAGAAUACGGACGAGGAUGAAGGUUUACCGAUCAGCACAUAUGCAAAGUUCUGCCAUCGGAAGCUGCAGAAGGUGGCGAUCACUGGAGGCAAAAAGGGUCUACGCAAGCCCACCUUGGAGGAGAUCGACCACAGUAGGCGGGCCAUCGUUACUCCCUCCCUGUUUGGCAGCUCCCUGGAGGAGGUGAUGGAGAGGCAGAGCGAGCUCUUCCCCGACAGGAAACUGCCCUGGGUGCAGGUUCAGCUUUCCCAGUAUGUUCUGGCUCUGGGCGGGGCUCAGACGGAGGGCAUCUUCAGAGUGCCUGGAGAUAUUGAUGAAGUGAAUGCCUUGAAGCUCCAAGUGGACCAGUGGAGGAUCCCAGAGAAUCUGUCUGACCCCAACGUUCCCGCCUCUCUCAUGAAGCUGUGGUAUCGGGAGCUGGAGGAACCUCUCAUCCCAAUGAACUUCUACAAGCAGUGUGUCAGUAACUGUGACGACCCGGUGGCGGCCAUCGCUGUGGUUCAGUCUCUGCCUGAACUCAACAGGCUGGUGCUCUGCUACUUCAUCCACUUCCUGCAGGUGUUCGCUCAGCCAUCCAAUGUGGCGAUAACCAAGAUGGACGUGAACAACCUGGCCAUGGUGAUGGCCCCCAACUGCCUCAGAUGCCAGUCGGACGACCCCCGGAUCAUCUUCGAGAACACGCGCAAGGAGAUGUCCUUCCUGAGAAUGCUAAUCGUUCACCUGGAAACCAGUUUCAUCGAAGGCGUGGUGUAGACACUGUGAAGCGCAGAGUCAGCAUCUCCAGUUACACAUUAACAGUCAUGCAUAAACACUGUUUCUGUUCAGACCACACUGGAAACUCUCGGGGUGAGAUAUUACACCUCUUACAACACAAGCAGUGUGAAAAGAGCUUGGACUCUGGACCCUUGUUCUCACUCGCUUUCUUCCCGAGAGAUAAACCAUCACCUUCACUGUUUCACUGUGUUUUUGAUACUAAAAUCAACAGUGACGGCUUUAAAGUGUCUCACUUUAAUGACUGUAUUUUCUAACUGCUGCAUGUGAAAACAAAUGUACUCUUUCAUUUCUUUAUGAAUGGGUAAUACUACAGUUUCAUAGGACAACUGGGCUGUGUAAAGUGAGUCUUAUAGUAUUUACUUACCUAAAGACAGCAGUGUUGACAUUCUGGUUUCAUUCAAGUGUGUUUGUGUGUGUGUGUGUGUGUGUGUGAUUGUCAGAGCGUGAACGAAAAGACACAGCCUUCUUUUAUCAUGUACAGAAGAAAUGAAAAUAUGAAAAAGUAAAAGAACACUUGUCUUAUUAAUAAGCUUGUCUGUGCUGUUUUGAGUAGUUGUACUGAUAGCUGAGACACAAGAAGCUAUUCUGACAGUAGUACAGAGCUUUUAUUUCAAAGCACAAAGUGGAUGAUGUGCAGAAAGCUCUUCAUAACCGAUGGUGGCGAUUUUAAAGAAAAUAAACUUGGAAGUGCUUUGAUUUUACAACUCUCAACACUCAAGUGAAGCCAGACAGUGUUGUAAUGAUGUCCUAGUGAUGUGGGAGGUUGGUAAUUCAACUGAUAAUACUUCUCUAUAUCUAUAAAGUCUCUCAAUUUGUGUUCUCUUUCGUUUGUGGUCUGUAUGUUUUUUGGCUCAGGUCUUCUAAUAAAACGGGUGUAGAAUGUGAUAACUGUACAUGGCCUCCCUUGCAGACUGAACAUUAGAUUCAUCUACCACAAACCCCUGUACUGAGAAUGGAGUAUUGUCCAACUGUCAAGCACUAUGAGAAUGUAGAUGAAGCUUUCUGUGUCCCCUCUCAGGCUUUGCCGAUGUAAAUAAAUCCUGCGUGUACAUAGAAUUAACUCUCCUUAAGUGUAUUCUAAUGAUCCAGGUUAAGGGUGAAGGUAAAUGUUGCUGUAAAGAGCAAUAAAAAAAGUGUUUUUGUAAUUAACUGGUCAUUUCUCUGCUGUAACCGCCUGCCUUCUGAACAUAGGACUGACUCAAACCACUUUCCAUGUGUGUGUACAUGUGUGUUUGCAUACCUUCUUGUUACAAUAUGGAAUGACUGUCCAUAAAUAAAGGUUUGUUCAAUUGUAGAUUGGA